CAGAGCGUGUGUGUGCAUGUAUGUGUGAAAGCACUGCGCAUGUGUGACUGUGAGGUGCACCGACUAAAGCAGACGGCAGAGAAGAAAGCAGGAAUGAACGACAGCUGAGAGAUGACAGCAGAGGAGUGGGUGAAAAAGAGAAGAAAGAGGUUUACCUAAGAACCAGAACAAGGCAGGGCAAAGCAAGGAAGAGAAGGAAGUCUAUGAUAGAUCAGAAUCUCACAUCACUGCACAGAAUAAUCUGAAUAAUUUUCAAGAAGAAGAAGGGAAAAAACGGGGAAUGGUGAAGAGAUAUCAGAGAGAGAUGCUCAGACGCAACCCAGAAGACAAGGAGCAAGCUUAAGAAAUUGAAUGACGAGGAUUGUGGAGAGAGGAGACGAAGAGGAGGAAGGAUGCUGAGAUCGAUGACAGCAGCCUGAUGUAUCCACCUUACAAUAGGUCCCUCCAUCUUACCUCUCCUCCAUGUUGUUGGUGCCUCUACAAUGAAAUGGACAGUGUAUCCUUCCACUGACACGACAUAAAGAAGACGAAAGGGUUUAUAUCAUCAUAGGAAAACUUUGAAACCAAGAACAGGAGCAAGCAGGAGAAACGAAGAGACUGCAACAAGACAAGUGCGUAGGCACAGGUAGUUGGACCAAAGAACUCAAAGAUAUCGUGAAGCACGUUAUGGGAUACUGAGGAGCACAAAGACAUUUGUCUCUUAUCACAUUUUCUGCUUAGUUUUGAAGAAAAAACUAUUCACUCCCAACUUUGAGGAAUUCAAGGAGCUUAGGAGUGUGAAGGAGUGAUUCCAACUGCUUUCAAACAAGACCUCCUCCCUCCUUCUUAUCAGCAUACUCAAGGAAAGAGGUCACACAAAGUCUCCUGCCCAAGCUGGACUGAGAGUAUUAAGACUGAAGGUUAUUCUUUCUUUUUCAUACACUGAAGUAUAUAUAACUAAACCACAGUUAUAAACAGGAAGCUAAGCGGUCGUUGGUGAAAUUAAACUCGGUGAGUGCAGACAUCCCCCAACCUAUAGAGGUUUUGUAUAUAUGUGAAUAUUUGUUCCUGUAAAAUGUAGUUAACUGAACAUGAACACAUAUUUGUGCUAAAGUUUUACAGAUCUCUGUGAGCUCUGUGAAUAACCAUCAGAGACAUCGUAAGGACAUCUGCAUUGCUAGAAAAGCCUACAUUCAAGGAGUCAACACUUUCUAGGGACUACAAAAAGAACUGUUUACGUAACAAUUAGCCCAAAAUUGUGUUACUCUGGCUGAGCUCUUCAUUAAGUCUCCCCCUCAUAAAGACUCAGGCUGACAAGAGCACCUGCCUGAGGAGAUCUUUGAAGCAAACAUGGAGGGAAUCAUCCGUCCCCAUGUGCCCUGCAAUGGCUGACUUCAACAAAGGAGUCUAAUCUUCUUCCACUUGUGCACAACCGGGCGGGGUGUCCGUCCCUGAUCAGAGACACAGUUCUUCUCUCUUAUAUCUCCAUAAGUGUGUGAAUGUCCUGUCUCAGGCGUCAGCCCAUCACCAUCCCCAUGGACACCGUCAAGAUCAUUCAGUCGGAAAAGUUUCCCAGAGAGUGCCCUGUGCCCGUCACCCAGCCAUGCUAUGCCCCGCCACCCAGAGUGGCAUGGGACGGUGGCGGUGAAGGUGAAAUCAUCGUCAACCAGGCUUGCAGUGACCUGACACUGGACAAAGCAGGGCCGCCGAGGCCGAUGGUGUCCCCUCCGGCCCCCGUGAUGCGCAGGGAGCAGAGCUUCCUGGCGCAGCGCAAAGCCAGUGCCCACGAAAUCUGCUACCACCAGUUCCACUACAAGAUGGAUGACGUCAUAGUCAAUCAGUAUGUGCUGCGUUCCUCUUCCACGUCCUCAUCCACUUCUUCUUCCUCCUCCUCAGGGCCCGUCAUGCCCUGCGAGCCCCUGGACUGCCCCACCUGUGGUCACACUUACAACUUCGCCGGAAAGCGCCCACGUAUUCUCUCCUGCCUGCACUCGGUGUGUGAGGAGUGCCUGCAGAUCCUCUAUGAGUCCUGUCCCAAGUACAAGUUCAUCUCCUGCCCCACAUGCCGGCGUGAGACGGUGCUGUUCACUGACUACGGUCUGGCUGCUCUGGCCAUCAACACCAGCAUUCUGAGCCGCUUGCCCUCUGAUCCUAACGGGCCUGUGCAGUGGGGUGGGGAGGCCGACCGCAGCUGCUACCAGACUGUGCGUCAAUACUGCCAGUCAGCCUGCACCUGCCAGAUCGCCAACCCCUUGUCCUCCUGUGGGAUCAUGUAGACAUGGGGGAGGCACUGCAGGCAUGACUCGACGCCGCUCCCCAUCACCACCAAUCUUCCUUUCUAUAAGCUAAACCCAAUUUGCCAACCCCUUCUCUCACACAUACAGUAAAUAAAUCCCUCCAUAGAUGUUAUCUCUAUAUUUCAUAGCACAGAUGGAUGCUGUGUGGGACUAAAGGAUGCUGGUUCUUCAGUAUAUAGUAAAUAAAUGUAUUUUAUGUAUGGACUGGAAACCUAUCCACCUUCUCGUUUGGUUGGACGUGUUUGUCAUGACAUCUCUUUACAUGGGAAUGCCAGGGGUGGUCUGUUCCCCCAAUUUAGGUGAAUAAAGAUUACAUAAAUUAAACAA